CUCUUCCUCUCCUGUCCUCCUGCCUCUUCUCUCGUCUUCUCGUAGUAACAGCGCAGGCAGAAGAAGCUAGGUAGCAAACCUCGGGCGGUGAGCAUGGAGGGGGACGGGAGGAAGGAGGGCGAGACGCCGGCGGCGGCGGUGAGAGGCGUGGCGUCGUUCGGGGCGUCCGUGCAGGAGUGGGGGCAGCACAUGAAGGCCAGCGUGGUGGGCGUGUGGCGGAAGGCGACGGCGAGGAGCGAGCAGGAGGCGGCGGAGGCGGACCUGCGCGCGGCCAAGGAGCAGGUGGAGGCCACCGACGAGGCCGAGGCCAAGAAGAAGCGCCUCGCCGGCUGAUCCAGGUCACCACGGCGCAGAUAGCCCGUUUUUCAAUCCAUCGCUUUCGCCUGCUCUGCUCCGUCAUCUGGGCUUUUUCUUUCUUCCAAUCUGCUGUCUGUAGCCCUUCCUUCCACUUUGUAGUAGAGUGGACGUGUAGUUGUUUUACCCCUGAUAAGACUAGUUUUAUACUCCUUCCGUCCGAAAAAGUUUGUCAAGUUUCUUCGGACGGAGGGAGUACAUGUGUAUAUCUGAAACUGCAGCAUGUAUGUAUUGAUGAUCCAGGCCAAUCUCAACAGCCGUUCUACUGUAUGUCACGCACCUUCAGAAUU